AUGUACCCCUCUUUUUCCAGGACUAACCACAUCUCAUUGAAAUGCAGUAUGGCCGUAGGUUUCUACUGCAUCGGGGCGCUCGAUCUCCUGGGUCUGUUGGAGAAAAAAACGACACCGACUGACCGUAGGUUGUGGAAGGAGUGGAUAUGGGAACAGCAGAUUCGUGCGAUCCAUUCUCUUACCCAAUGCCCGCUGCGAUCUGAAGUCUCGGCCAAGACGGACCAGCUGGAUCCGGAUUCCGGCCCAGUCCGUUCGUCACUCCGUAUGCCGCGCAAGCUUGUGACUGGCUUGCAGACAUACGAAGGCGGUUAUGGUCAGGAUCCUUUCUGUGAAGCUUCGGGCGGGCCGACAUACAUAGCACUGGCAUCUCUCCAUCUAGCUACUCGAGACACCGGAUCCCCGUUGACGUCGUCAGAGCGCCACCGGAGCAUCCACUGGCUCGUCCACAAUCAAGAGGACAGCGGGGGCUUCCGAGGGCGCACAGGCAAAACAGCCGACGCAUGCUAUAGUUUCUGGUGCGGGGCAGGAUUGAAGGUUCAUUCAGGCUCUGCAAGGACUGCUCCCGAGACUUACGCCCCAUGCCAUCUGCAGCUUCUAGGAGCAUCAGACCUGGUCGAUGCCGAAUCACACGCAUCAUUCAUCGCCAGCUGUCAAUUCAAGUUUGGUGGCAUAUGUAAAUUUCCCGGGGAGACCCCAGACCCUUAUCACACCUACCUCGCCAUGGCAUCGUUGGCGCUGUACCCUCCCAGCGUCGAUAUAUCAGUGGCGGCAUCCUGGAAGAUCGCGCCGAUCGAUGCACUGCUCAAUGCUACAGAAGAUACCGUCAGAUGGAUCAGACACCACGUCCCCGCGCCGCGCACCGUUGGAUGAUCCAAGGCCCCAUCAGCCAGGCUGCGUGCGAUUUGGCCGUGUUUGUUGCGGUAAAACACGAUGUCGCCGUCGUCUUCGAUGAAGCAGCACUCGGUAAAUGUGCGAUACAGCGCACGGAACGAGUUCUGUAAUAUUGGUGAGACAGACAGAGAGAGAAUUGAACUAGAGCCCUACCGUCGAGUCAUAAUUGUAACUGCCCUGUAGAACUUUCUUGAUGUGUUCCGUCACGAGUGGUUGAUUGUCUGCAACUGCUCUCAGCACUGGAGACAUGUGGAAGUGGACAUUCGCUGAC